AUGUACAGCAUGCACAAUUUGAAUUCCGAUGAUACCUCUUUCAAUUGGGGUGAAACAAAGCCCGCUGAACAACGUGGUUCAAAUAUUUCUUCUGAUGGGAGCUUAACACCACAAUCUUUAGGUCCUUCAACUUAUAGGUUAUCGGAAAACAAACGACAACAAAAUGACAUCUUUAAUGUCGAAGAUUCCCCUUCCGUAGUUUCAGAUGUAAUAUCAAACAGGCAAGAUCGUUCACAAGAUUUUUUUGGACCUCAUUCUUCGUCCCCUAUCGCCACCUCAGAACGACAGAAAACGAAUCAGAGAUCACGAUUAAAAUCUAUGAGAUCGUCUAAACGUCAGGAGAAAAUGACAGAGAAACGCGGUGGUCUAGAAAAGAUGGAACAGAUGGUUAUGCAAGGUGAGCAUCUUCGAGAAAUUGAAAGACUAAGACAAGAGGCUCAAAAAAACGCGGUCCCCUCAGACAUGGCUGAGUUCAUGGAAUGGGAAAACAACGAGGACUUGGAAGACGACGAGCUACUUUCUUUUAUCGAGAGACAAGAAAUUUAUAAAAGAGAAUUGGAACAGUUUUUGAACAAUCCUAAUAAAAAUGUUUAUAAAAAUAAUUCCUCUUCAAAUUCUUACACAUGA